AGUUACAAGAUUUGUCUAAAGAUGUAUCAUGCAACCUUUGAGUGAUAUCCUUGAUGUGCACCCCUAGCAACAGAGAUUGGUGUUUGAGGAGACUGGUGGUGAUGUCAUAGCAUCUGGUUUUGAAGGCUAACAAGUGCACACCAAAUUUUACAGCAUCAGAAAACCCAGCCAUGGACAUUUACAUGAUGAUCCGGCGCCAGAAGACCACCAUCUUCACCGACGCCAAGGAGAACACGUCCGUGGCGGAGCUGAAGCGAAUCCUGGAGGGCAUCCUGAAGGUGGCGCCCGAGAACCAGAAGCUGCUCAAGGACGAGACCGAGAUGGAGGACACUAAGACGCUUCAGGACUGCGGCCUGACGUCAUCGACGGCGCAGGCGCACAAGCCGGCCACACUGGUCCUUUGCUUCCGGCAAGAGGAUGGCGAGUUUGAGGCCCCCGAGGUAGUGCCCUACUCGACGCCGCCUGAGCUUCCGGACGUGAUGCGGCCCCAGCAAGAGACGGCCCCCGCCGAACAGAUCGCCUCGUGAAGCUCCCGUAUGUGCUGCCUGCGGACGGAGGUACCUGACGCGUCAGCGCGCCACCCCAGGUCGCCGCCCGCAGUCGCGUCCGUCCCGCUGACGGCGCUGCGAAACCGCUGACGUCACCGCCGUGUCCCAGUGACGUCACUGGGCGGCGUCGGCCGCC